GUUACACUAAACCAAAGAUGGCUAUUAUGCUUUUGGUGUAGCCCAUACCGGUACUAAAUGGAGUUCGACUUCACUUCUCUCGCCUUCGGGGGUGAGCAGCAUAUUGUAGCAUGGGACGCUAAGAGGAUAGCUUCCUUAAAACCGGAUGACUUGAAGAACUUGGGCGAGCUUAUUAGCUGCUUCGGCAAGAAGUCAGCUGUCGCGCAGGGCCUUCAAACCCCUGUUACAGACAUCCACCGCCUGCGAACCACCGACCAGCGCCUGUACCUGUAUAUGUAUCGCCAGUCUUCAAAGACCGUUGUACUGGGUGGACUGAAGGUCGGCAGCAAACGUCUGUACGUCCGAACGAUCACAGCUGAUUUGAGAGAGAUAGAGCCGGUCUGCGUCCUUGACUUCUACGUGCACGAGUCGUGUCAGAGGAGAGGCGUCGGCAAAGAGCUUUUCGAGUACUUUCUCGAGUCGGAGGGCUGUGACCCCGGCUCCGUCGCGUACGACCGCCCAUCACCCAAGCUCCUGGAGUUCCUGAAGAAACACUACGGCCUCAAAGACUAUGUGCCUCAGAGCAACAACUACGUUGUCUUUAACCGCUACUUUGAGCUCAACCCGCCGCUGCCCGGCGGUUCACGGGCUGGCAGCACACAGGGAGGGCGCUCGUCCAGCCGCGGCUCCGCCUCUUCCAUCUGCACGCCGCACGUGCACCCCCUGCACGGGCCCCGUGCCGCUCCACUGGUACCCCAGGGGCCGCCGGCAUCUCCGCCGGUGUCGCAACCAGGCUGGGGCGCGAGCAACGCUCCGACGGGCGUGUUGCCGACGACGAUAGGGCAGUCCCCCAGCUUUGGCCACCGCUGGGCGUCGUCCACGUUUGGCUGUGCUGCGGCAGCGGCGCCGCCGCCCUUCCCCGCGCAGCCACCACUCGGCGAGCCCAGCGGUGGGGCGUUUGGCGAAGAAGCAAGCUACUCUGUCGGAGACUCCCUAGAUGAGUUUUCGCGAGCUCACUUGGGCCAGCAGCAACAACAGCAACCACCGCCGUCAUACCCGCCGCAACCACGCUGGCAGGCUGGGGCUUGGGAAAGCAACAACCGGGGAGCUGCGGGGCAACAGCCGCAGCCCUUUCCGGCCAGCAGCUCCAGCGGGCCGAAGGGCCCGCCACCCGCAUUCCCUGCCAUGGGCCCAAGUGGCCUCGGGGCCCCGCCUCCAUUCCCGGCCGCGGCAGCAAGCGCACAUGGGGCCCCGCCGCCGUUUGCCACCGAUGUUCCAGGCCCCUCCGGGGCACCACCUCCCGGCAGCCGUGGCAACUAUACCUUCCGCCCACCCCCCUGGGCGGUUGAUGAGACGCCCAGCGCAAGUGGCCCGGUGGCGUCAAGCAGCUCAGGGGGGCUGGGGCAACCCAUGCCCAUGCCGUAUGGUAGCUCCCCGGCACGGGCGCCGCAGGUGGAGCGGUUAGGCGGCACACCUGUGCGGGGCCCCUUGCAUGGCAUCCUCGGUGGCGGCAUGGGGGGCGGCAGUGGCGGCGGCAGCAGCGCGACGGGACCGGGACCGCACACCCGCGCGCUGCAGGAGCAGGUGGCGGCCUUGUCGGUAUCCGGGGGUGCUGCCAUGCAGGGGAAUGCGGAGGGAGGGCAUGUGCCGCCGCUGCAGCUGGCAGGUGGCGGCGGGGGUGCGGCUGGAGGAGCGAAGGGGGUGGCUGGCGCCGAGGACCCGGCGUUGUCUAGUCGCAGUGCGGCCAGGAUCAUGGCUGUGGCGCAACGGUCGGGGGCUGGUGCAGCAGACUGCUUGGUGUGGUGAGGAAGGGUGUGACCCUCUGGGCUUUUUGGUAUUGAGGCCUGGUAGUAUGCUCCAUGUGCGCCAUGGGCUAGUGUAACCUAGUGCAUGAUGAUGUGCAUUGCUUGCAAGUAUUGAGCGUGUGCUUUUUAUUGGAAUAGAACAGGAUAGGACAGUAUAGAUGGAAGGCUCCGCGCAUGUUUAACUGAGAGAGUCAACCUAGCGCGCGGCUGUGGCUAACGUAUGCAAUAACGGAAGGGAGGACGUGUCAAGAGAUGGUAUGCAAGCUGCUUACAUUGCACGCUUAGGUGAAGGGGAAGGAAGUAGUGGUGUAACUAGGUAGCCUUAGGCUGAGGAUGAUCCCAUAUGGGUCGACGCGAGGGUGGUGUACGUCCGUGUGGAUGCUACACGCCCCCGCCGGGAUGGCGCUAUAAUCAUAGCAGAACUGAAGGGCGGCUAACACGGGCUUGGUCUCACGCCUUCGUGCUGGCAGUUUCGAUAAUAUGACCAGAACCCCUGGGGCAUGGGGUUGGAUGGGC